ACCAUUAAUACGCACAGAUUAGCAUGAUUGGCAAAUGGCAAGAGACAAGCCAACCCUUGCCAGAACCAAGAAAAUGGAACGGCAAAACACAAGAAUUCUUUUCCUAUGUUCCAUUUUCAUCUUUCUAUCUUCAACUUCAUCUUCAUACUUGGUAUACGACAAUUUUAUCCAAUGUCUUUCCAAAAAUUCCCCACCUAAUAUUCCAAUCUCAAAAUUUCUAUUUAUACCCACCAAUUCCUCCUACUCAUCCCUCCUCGAUUCUUCCAUCAAAAACCUCAGAUUCUCCUCCCCCACAACCCCAAAACCACUCUUCAUAGUUACACCUUUCUAUGAUUCCCAUGUCAGAGCAACUGUUAUAUGCUGCAAACAAGUUGGUUUGCAGAUCAGAAUUGAAAGCGGUGGUCAUGACUAUGAAGGCCUAUCCUAUACUGCUUCUCUCCCAUUUGUUGUUCUCAAUCUCAUAAAUUUUCGAUCAAUAAACGUUGACAUAGAAGAUAAUAGCGCUUGGGUUGAAUCUGGAGCAACAGUUGGUGAAUUGUACUAUAGAAUUGCAAAGAAAAGUCCAGUCCAUGGAUUCCCCGCUGGGAUUUGCCCGACAGUUGGGAUUGGCGGACAUUUAAGCGGAGGCGGGUUUGGUACAAUGUUGAGGAAAUACGGUUUGGCUGCUGAUAACAUCAUUGAUGCACGAAUAGUUGAUGUUAAUGGUCGAAUACUUGAAAGAGAAUCCAUGGGAGAAGAUCUAUUCUGGGCCAUUAGAGGAGGUGGAGGAUCAAGCUUUUGUGUUGUUCUUUCAUGGAAAGUCAAACUCGUUUAUGUCCCACCGACUGUGACUGUUUUCAACGUGGCAAGAGCCUUAGACCAAAGUGGUACAAAGCUUGUGCACAAGUGGCAAAAAUUUGGUCCAAAAAUGGAUGAGAACCUGUUUGUCAGAGUAAUUGUUGACGCUGCAGAUGGAGGGAGUAGAACACUCAAAGUCACAUUCAAUUCUCUGUUUCUAGGGAGAGCUAAUCAGAUGCUUGAGACAUUGAAAAAAAGCUUUCCUGAAUUGGGUUUGGAAAUUAGUGACUGCAAAGAAAUGAGCUGGAUUGGAUCUGUUAUGUAUUUUUCAGGGUACCCAGAAGGAACAACAAUAGAAGCACUAAGGGAUAGAGUACCGCAGAGAAGGAACUUCUUCAAAGCUAAAUCAGACUUUGUGAAUGAACCCAUUUCGGAAUCCGUACUGGAAGUGCUAUGGAAAUGGUGUUUGGAAGAAGAGAAACCAAUUUUGAUCUUUGACCCCUUUGGAGGUAAGAUGGAUGAUAUAUCAGAAUCAGAAAUUCCAUUCCCACAUAGAGAAGGAAACUUGUACAACGUACAGUACUUGGUGCAGUGGUAUGGUGGAGACAUUGUGGGAACAACAGAGAAGCACAUAGCUUGGACAAGAAAGGUGUAUGAGAAAAUGACUCCAUAUGUAUCUAGCAAUCCAAGGGGUGCUUAUCUGAAUUACAGGGAUCUGGAUUUGGGCAGCAAUGGUGAUAACAAAAGGACAGCGUAUUCUGAAGCUGAAAGAUGGGGUCUAAAGUAUUUCAAGAACAAUUUCAGGAGAUUAGCAACUGUGAAAGUUGCAUUUUGGCGGAGAAAUAGCAUAGGAGCAAAGGUCAAGGUGUACCGUAUUACCAGCCAAAAAAAAGAAGAGGUCAAGUGGCACUGUUAUCGAUCCUUUCGGCUCAACAUAGUGGGUUCAAUCCACCUGACAUGGACCAUAUUGUUUGGGCCUCACAAGGUAGAAAAGGUCUUGAGAUUAUGAAAGGGAAAAGAUGAAAGGAAAGGAUACAAAGGAGGAAGUUAAGCGCGUUGUGGUCUCUUGCAACUUUUUUGCACUUUAUUAUUACAAGUUCUUUGCAAACUCUAAUGGAUGGGAACCCUUAAAGCC